CCGUGGUGCAGAAGUUGCUCUAGCACAAACAUGGGCUGAACUUAGGACUCUUAUGAUGAGGGAAUUUUGUCCUCGUCAUGAACUGCGAGCCUUGGAAAGGGAGUUUGAUGACUUGAAACAGGAUAGUGGCGAGCAUCGGGCAUAUACUGAUAGGUAUGAGGAGCUGAGUUUGUUGUGCCCAACAAUGGUUACCCCACUCGAUAAGGCUAUCGAAAGGUACAUCGAUGGUCUACCUGACUCAGUGCAAGACAUCGUUACUGGUAGUAACCCUACCACAGUCCGUCAGGCGAUCGAGUUAGCAGCGACAUUGACUGAGUCGCAGAUUCGGAAGGGUAAGUUGCACAGGAAGGGGGAGAAAGGUAAGAAGCAGGCGUCUGACAAAGAGGAUAGCAAGAAAGGUAAAAACAAGAAGGGUAAGGAUUCUGGUUCCUCGAAGGGUUCUAGGAAGCGAAAGGCUUCCCAAAACUACGUCGUUACCGCACAGGCCCAAGCUGCACCAAAUCAGCCUGCGCAACCACUUGCCAAGAAGCCUUAUCUAGGCAAUGCACCUUUGUGCAACAGGUGUAACGGUCAUCAUCAGCCACACCUCCAGUGUCGUCAAUGUACCAACUGUGGAAGACCUGGUCAUCUUGCUGCUUCAUGCCGCAUUCCUGCUAAUCAGAAUCGGGCAGCUCAGAACCCGGCUCAACAAGUUGCCCAGCCUCUUGCUCAACAACGAGGUCAAGCUGCACGACCUCACUACCCACCAGGUUCUUGUUAUAACUGUGGGGAUCUGACACACUACCGUAACCAAUGUCCAAGAUUGGUGAAUGCGAAUCCAGCUCAGGCUCAGGCUCGAGGUCGAGUCUUCAACAUGAAUGCACAAGAGGCGCAAGCGGACAAUGAAGUGGUUAACGGAGCUGUUGCUUAGGAUGUUCGUGACACACUAGGGCGGACCUAUGCCUUAGAGACUAAAAUAAAGAUGGAACUAGUUUAAUUAUGUGAUGAACACUUUGUUUCAGUUAAUUUAAGACUAUGUAACCUUUGCUUGAUGAAUAAAACAUAACUUUUAAUUACCAUGGUUGUGAAACAAUAAUUCUGUUAAAA